AUGGCUAAACUGGUGUGCCAGCGCCGUCUGCAGAUGGCACGCUUGUACUUGAGCUUGCUGUGUGGAUGUUUGGGGAUUUGCCUACUUGGGGUACAGUUGCAAAUCCUCUUUGGCACCCAAGAAAGAUGGAUGCCAGCGCCUAUGGUGUGGAGCGUUGUUGUUGGCUUUGCCGUGACUUUGCUACAUGUGCUGCUACCAACAUUGCUGACGGUGACUAAGCUAAACGGCGUGUACGUGGCACUGAUGCUUGCAGGUAUGCUUGGCCUCUCACCGCUGCUCAUGCCCUCCAACCAAGUGUUUUUGAUGUCGAUUUCCUUCCUGGGCUUUGUACGCGUUCCAGCAGUAUGCAUUGCGACGCAGCCUGCUUUGGUAGCCGUCUGCAGCUUUGGCCCCUUUGCUGUAGUUUUGCUGCGAGCUACGCUUGAGGGAGGGCCUCUUGCUACCCCUGCUAUCACAGCAGAGAUCGCUGGCUUCUUUGUGACCCUGGUCAGCGCAGUGUCUUUGCAGGAAAGCUUGAGUCACCGAACCCGAGAAAACAUGCGCCAUCAGCAAAUGGUUACCGAGCUCAGUGCUGCAUCCUCGCUCCUUGCGUUGACGUGCGAUGCAGUGAUCGAGCUAGAUGAGGACUUGCGCCUGGUGGACCACUCGUCGGAAUUGGCGGCCAUGCUCCUCCGAGACCGCCAAGGUCUCUCAGUGAAAGGCCAGCUCUUCACCGACUUCGUGCCUACGCUUGACGAGUCGGAGCGUGCUGAAGAGCUCCUGCGCCGUUUUGACACUUACCCACCGGAAAGUAUCAACACUCAGGCCUUCCACACGAGAAUGGUUGACAGCUGCUCCAGCAGGUUUCGUACUGAAGUCUUUCAAGUAAUGCAUCGCACAAGCAAUGGGCGUAUUCGGCACCUCAUGGGCCUGCGAGAUUUUACUGACCAGAGAUCUCUUGCUGGAAGCCAGGCUGCUGAUGCGAUGUCUGAUACGCGCAUGUCCUAUUCAUUGCUGACCCCAACCAUCUUCACACCAAACAGUACCCUGCCGCCUAUUCCAGUUGCCCCCCCAGCUGCGGAAAGGACCGAUUCAGAUGCCAUCGAGCACAAGAGGCUUAUCAGCCUCCAGAUUGAUAUGGAACGUGGGACUGUCGCUGCUGCUUCCAAGCCAGUUUUCGUCGGCAAAAAGCUGACAGACGUGUUCUCGCAAUCCGGGCUCGAAGUGUUGGAGCGUGCCUGGGUGGAUGCCCGCUCUGAGGAAGGGGUGAACAAGGCCAUCUCCUUCCACGCCCUUGAACUGCGACUGAACGCUUCAAUCAAGGAUUUGGUUGAUGGUAUUCUUGAAGCAGUUACGACGGAAACGGGGGAUCUCAAUCUGAUGAUGCGGUGCCUUAUCACACCCAAACUUGCAGCGGCUGCAGCUCUGACCAGAAGCAACUCGAGGAGCCUUCCGCGCUUGCCUGAGGCUACGGCUGUCCAAGAGAUGCCCUCACAUGAGGUGCACUCGGAAGAGUGUGGUACUGUGCGUCCAGACAGCACGGUUGAUGAGGUCCGUGAGCCACGAGAGGUCAGCCCGAAACGGCGACCCGUCAUCUCCUUGCCGCUGGCUUUGGUGCCGCGUCAAAACUCCACUGCCAAGUCGAACUGUGUUGGCUCCACGCCAGGGAGCAGUGGCAGCAGUCUCAAGCGAAGAGACAGCACUGGCAGCUUGCUAAGAAGGCGAAGGAGCAGCACCCUGGGUCUGCUCCAGCAAGAACUGGCAGAGCCACUGGAGGGCCCGAUCUCAAGGAGCAAGGUUCCGGAGCAGUGGCUGCCGCCCUCAGACGCAGAAGCAGGUAGCCUGGAACGGUCUGAGCUGGGAACUGAGGCCACGGCUGAAGUGCGCCGAUGGCUGUUGGGCCACACCUCUGGGCAGCAGUGUUCGCAGGUGAUCCUCGACAGAGCUCUCACUGUGCUUUCCAACUUCAAGCUGGCGAGUGGCUGCGAAUUGGAGGUGUUAGGAGGACCCCUCGGGGCACUUGUCGGUGGAUACAGCGACGCCGAUUGGCUUUACAACGAGGUCUUCCAGAAGCAUCCGGCGGAUGCGAUCCGCGAGUCCUUUGCUCUCCUGGGCUUCAGGAACCGCUCGGAUGGCAACUGGUCCAACAUCUCUGUAGAAGAGAUCUCCCUGGUUUAUCGGCGGAUGUGCCUUCGGGGCCACCCCAGCCGUGGAGGCUCUCCGAAGGAUUACCUCAAGCUGCAGGUUGCCAUGGAGCUCAUCAAAGCCUUCUGCGGAGAUGCUGGUCCUUUGCAGGUGGAGCGGAGACUUCAAGCAGAAGCUGUGAUUCCACAAGGCCCAGAUGCUGGCGCCGCAGACAGUCCCCAUUUUGUCCUCAGCGACCUGUCCUUGGCCCGGGAGCUUCAACUGAGUGCAGCAGAAGCCUCGAAGGAGGCUUCGCAGCUCAGUGCAGAGCACUUGGAGGAGAUGAACAGAGCGCUGGACGAGUACAUCUUAAGGCAGAUGUGUUUCAAGAGCGAGAUUGUCGAUGAAAUCGCUCGGCUUCAUGAGGACUCGGCCUACGCGAUUCUGGGGGUCUCCUCCAGCGCCACGGAUGCGGAGAUAAAGAAGGCCUAUCGGCUCAUCGCAAUGCAGUGCCAUCCGGACAAGGGAGGAGACAAAGAAGACUUUCAGGAGUUGACAAACGCCUACGAGAAAAUCAUGGAGCAGCGCCGCUCCGCUGAUGACAAGGGUACAAAGGAGCACGGCAGCGCGGACAGCGAGGGCGAGGAGCCCACGCCGGUUCAUGGCAAGAGCCAGCCCAAGAAUCACGAAAAAAAGAAGGAGAGCUCUGCAAGCGCCUCCGAGGAUGAGGAUGCAGAGGCAGGGGACAAGGCGGAGGGGGAGAAGGACCGGAAUGCCAAGAGAACUGCCCAGGAGGACGCAACACUCCUCGAGAAGGCUAGCAAGGCAGCUGAGGAGGCCUCCCGUUAUGCGAAGACGGCCGCCGAGUUCGCGCAUCAAGCAGCAGAGUCUGCGGAGGCGGCGCGACGAGACCAGGAGAAGGGCGGCCGAGACACCUUGAUCAAGUCAGUCGCACACUCAGCCAUCGUCUACACAUUGACGGUCGUGAAGGCCGUCCGUGCGGUGGGCUAUGCCACGCUUGAUGUAGCAGCACAAUGCCGGGCAGCGGCCAAGAGAAAUCCUGAAGCUGUGAGCUGCGCAGAGCACGCCGUGAAUGCAAUGAGCCUCGGUUUGGAGGCCCUGAACUCGGCACUUUCCUGUGCAGAGGUGACAGAGAUCACGGCCGCGGAGCUUCAGGCACCGCAGGGAGACGGUCGCUCCGCCGCCGAGCGCUUCGCAGGCGCUGCAGUGCGCGCAUCGCUUGCGGCUGCCGGCGCAUCCAAUGUAGCUAUGCCCGGCGCCUGA